GAAUUUAAAAUCAACUGAAUUUGACGUUCCAAUUGGAUUUUCCCGCGAAAUUAAAACAAAAAAAUUUUUUAAUCCUAAAAAAAUAAAUAAAAUGAUGAGAAACGAAGACAUCAAACGAGAAGAUUACAUUUCAUGGCCCGAAUAUUUCAUGUCAAUAGCUUUUCUAGCAGCAAAAAGGAGUAAAGACCCAUCAUCGCAAGUCGGAGCCUGCAUCGUUAACGAAGACAAAAAAAUUGUUGGAGUCGGAUAUAAUGGAUUCCCAAUUGGAUGUGACGACAACAAAUUCCCAUGGUCAAAAAACGCUCCGGAUCCGCUGGAAAAUAAAUACAUGUACGUCUGUCAUGCCGAAAUGAACGCGAUUCUCAAUAAAAAUUGCAGCGAUGUGAGGGGAUGCACAAUUUACGUCGCUCUUUUUCCCUGUAAUGAAUGCGCAAAAAUAAUUAUUCAGUCCGGGAUUUCAAAAAUUGUCUAUUUAUCGGAUAAGCACAAGGAAAAGGCAUCAACGAUCGCGUCGAAAAUGAUGUUAGAUGCUGCGGGGGUGAGGUAUGAGCAGUUUAUGCCGAAACAGAAACAAAUUGUGAUAGAUUUUUCGGAGAUUGAUUGGAAUAACAUGAGUCAACUGCCACAAACGCCGAGGAAAUAAUUGAAAAAAUUGACGAAAUAUAAAAUAAAUUAUUGAUUUAAUAUAAUUUUUAGAUUUUUUUUAAGAUUUUGUUGUGUUUUAGAUAUCUUGUUGAAAAUUUGUAAU